UAACCCCCCUGGUCUGCUGCAUGGUCUGUUGCUGCUCUCCCAACAUUGAUUAACAUUUUGGAUUACAUUUAACUUUCUCUCACCAAAUAGGUAAAUGUGAGGAAGCGAAAUAUACUUAUGAGCGUUUGUUCUGAACAACAUCAGCGUUUGACCUCUGUUGCACAAUUGCUUGUUGUGUAACACGCAUAGUUGGCUACAUUAGCUAUUGUUAGCUAGAGAUAGCAGCCAGUAGUUGUCAAAGCAAGUUCGAUGAUGUGGUUUGGUAGGUUCCGUGUGUUUGCACAUGGUUCCCCGAUGAGAGCAUGUUUAACCAGAUUACCAAGUUAUUUAAACUCCACAGUAAGAGUGGCUCCUGCACUCUGCAGAAUUCAGCAUCGCACCUUCAGCUCUAAGCCUGCAGGUGUCAAGGUGCUGUAUGAUGGGCAAUGUCCCUUAUGCGUCAAAGAGAUCUGGUUCCUUAAGUUUAUGCAGACAAACAGGCCUGAGAAAGUAGAUUUCAUCGAUAUCUCCCUGCCAGACUAUGAUGGAGGGAAAUACAAAGGUGUCAGCUACGAGAUGGCCAUGAAGGAAAUGCAUGUGAUUGAUGAGAAUGACAAGGUUCACCGUGGAGUCCCAGCGUUUUCAGUCAUGUACAGUGCAUCAGGCUUAGGCUGGGUGGGUCGCUUCUUGAUGUGGUCACCUGUGAGGCCCUUAGCAGAAAUCUGCUAUGAAGCCUUUGCCAGAAAUCGCUUAAAGUGGACUGGACGUGGGGAGGAGUGCCAAACAGGACGCUGUGAGAAGAAACAAUAAUGACUCCUGAGCACAGAAAAAAUAAAGUGUAUUUAUAUAUUUAAUUUAUCCUAAAGAAGAACUGGAUGAAUCCAAUAUGGUUUGUCCUCUUCAACCAUCAUUGUAUCACAAACCUAUCUGUAAAUGUUUAAGACUGUUCUUUGAUGAAGGGAAAUAUUGGGUGCCUUUAUUAAAAGUGUGUGUUGUGAAGCCAAUGCAACAUUAUAUGACUUGUAACACUGUACAUUUAAUUAAACAUACUUUCAUCCAUGAUGAAAACAUUUACGAAUUUACAACCGUAAUAGAUGUUUAUAUUUGAAAACAACAAGGAAAAACAUAGUUCUACAGGCUAUUAUGUUAAGCAUUGCAUCUGUAUCCAGAGAAAUAUGACAAAGAAUACAGCAUAUUAAAGAAAGGUUGACACAA